AGCGAGCGGUAGAAUGUUCUGUGUCACGGAGUUAAUAUACCGUAAAUACUUUAUUGCGCCGAACGCGUUCCAAAAAUGUUUAGUUUAUUAUUUCGAAUUGUUUUCUUACACAUUUUACUGUACCAAGUUUCGGCUGAACACGAUCAUGAAAGCCCCUUUGCAGCAGUUGUGAAGAAGGCCCUCAUUAGCACAGCACGCAUGUGUAUGGACAAAAUCAAUGCGACAGAAAAGGAUUUGGAAGAUCUCCGUGCCGACCCUCCGUUCCCAGAAAAGGCGGCAUGUAUUGUGAAAUGUUUACUCGAAAAGAUUGGCGUCAUUAAGCACAAUAAAUAUUCCAAGAGCGGCUUCAUAGACAUAGUGACACCGCUAGUACUCAAGAAUAAAAAGAAAAUGGCACAUAUGAAAACAGUUUCUGAGAACUGCGAUAAAGAGAUAAACCAUCAAGAAACGACCCCGUGUCAUCUCGGAAACGAAGUAACAACCUGUAUCUUCAAAUACGCUCCCGAGUUACAUUUCAAAUCGAAACCCUGAAUCUGAAUAUAAUGAAUACUUAAAAAAUAUUAUUUUCUUUUACUAACUUUAGUAUUUCGAAUGAUAUCGAAAUGAGUUUCUUAAUAUAACUAUUCAGUGUAGGCUUUUCCUGUUUCAUUUGUAGUUUUCUAUUAAAACAUUUCUA